AAGCGCUCGCGAGAUUUCUCCUCAGCGUCUUCCCUGACAGGCUUCCCGCGCUCCUCCCGGGGCCCCGAGGCGAGCUGGGGGCCGAUGGCGGCGGGCUCGGGGCCCGCGCUGCUCCUGCGAGAAGAGAAUGGCUGCUGCAGCCGGCGCCAGAGCACCUCCAGCGCCGGGGACUCGGAGGCGGAGCCCGAGGCCGCCUCCGCCGCGCAGGCGCGCCGGCAGCUCGAGGCGCUGCUCAACAAGACCAUGCGCAUCCGCAUGACCGACGGGCGCACCCUGGUGGGCUGCUUCCUCUGCACCGACCGCGACUGCAACGUCAUCCUGGGCUCGGCCCAGGAGUUCCUCAAGCCCUCUGAUUCCUUCUCCGCUGGGGAGCCCCGAGUGCUGGGCCUGGCCAUGGUCCCUGGACACCACAUCGUCUCCAUCGAAGUGCAGAGAGAGAGCCUGGCGGGGCCUCCUUAUCUCUGACUCACCCACCUCGGAGACGUGUUUCGGCUUCCUUGAAUAAAUAAACUUCGUGUGCGAUCAGA